CCGCGCGAGAAUUUACUUAUAUGUGGGAAGCACUCGCCCGACCCGCCAUUCUGCUUCUUUCUUCCUCACGCCGCAUUGACGACCCGCCGCCGUCCGCACCAUGGACCAAAACGACUACCACGACCAGUAUGUCGGCAAGACUGGCGACGAAAAGACAGAGGGCUCCUCCCUCGAGAAGGGCACCCAGGAGCUCGCCGUCCAGGACGACAGGGCGUAUCAAUUCGACCCCGCUGACCUCGACCAGGUCCAGCGCAAGCUCAAGCAGCGCCAUGUCCAGAUGAUCGCUGUACGCAUCCACGUCUUUGCUGCCGCACACGACCUUUCCUCAUGUUCUGCAGAUCGCUGGUACACUGGGACGGGUCUUUUCCUCGGGUCGGGUGCUGCCCUGCGUGAGGGCGGACCAUUAGGUGCCCUCAUCGGCUACGCGCUCGUCGGUACCGUUGGCUACGCGACCCUCUGCUCGCUCGGUGAGAUGACCGCGUUCGCACCCAUCUCCGGCUCGUUCCCCCACUACGCUUCACGCUGGGCCGACCCCGCUCUUGGCUUCGCGCUUGGAUGGAAUUACUUCUACACCAGCGCUAUUUCCACGCCCGUCGAAAUUAGCGCUGCGGUCGUUUUGCUCACCUUCUGGGACGCCGACACCGGUCACGCCGCUGCCUACACCGCAGCAAUCACCGUCGGUGUGUGCGCGAUUAACAUUUUCGGCGUCCGGUGGUUCGGUGAAGCAGAAUUCUGCUUUUCUAUCAUAAGAGUCCUUUUCUUGAUAACGUUGUUGAUCAUCACGGGUCUUGUCGUUGACCUCGGUGGAGGACCGUCCCAUGACCGUGUUGGCUUCCGCUACUGGGACAACCCGGGGAAUAUCGGCUUCGACCGGCUCCUUGCGCUCAUCUCUGUCAUCGUCCAGGCUGCGUUCUCGUUCCAGGGCAUGGAGCUCGUCGCCAUCGCCGCAUCCGAGACCCAAUCACCCCGGCGCAACAUCGCCAAGGCCGUGCGCCGCGUGUUCUGGCGUAUCCUCGUCUUCUACAUCCUCGGGAUCCUCAUCACGGGUAUGCUCGUCCCGUACAACGACCCCGACCUCCUCCAGUCCUCAGGCACCGCCGCGGAGUCGCCGUAUGUCAUUGCGUUCACGCGUGCGGGCAUCAAGGUCCUUCCUGCGUUCAUCAAUGCGUGUGUCUUCACGUCCGCGUUCUCCGCCGGUAACUCGUUCUUGUUCUCGGCGAGUCGUAUUUUGUAUGGUCUUGCAAUCCGGGGGCAGGCGCCGAGGAUCCUGGGGUACUGCACGAAGAACGGCCUUCCCAUCGCUGCUAUUCUCGUGUCUGGUGCCUUUGCGUGGCUCAGCUUCAUGAACGUCUCCAGCGGCGCUGAGACGGUGUUCAACUGGUUCGUCAACCUGUCGACGACGGCCGGGUUCUUCUCCUGGGGCGCGAUAUGCGUGACGUACCUGCGGUUCUACAAGGGCCUCAAGGUGCAGGGCAUCGACCGGACGAAGUUCAGCUACUACAGCGGCCUGCAGCCGUACCUCGCGUGGUGGGCGAUCUGCUGGCUCGCGUUCUUCAUCCUCAUCAACGGGUACGCCGUCUUCUGGGUCUGGAACACGGACUCCUUCAUCACCGCGUACAUCAACAUCCCGAUCUUCGUCGUGCUGUUCGUGUUCUGGAAGGUGUUCAAGCGCACAAGAGCGUGGCGCCCGGACGAGAUGGACUUUGUCACCGCUAUCCCGACCCUCGAGGAGACAGAAAUCCCCGAGGUACCAGCUACGACGUUCUUCGGCAAGAUCGGCGCCCCAUCUUCUGAGCACCCCUUCUUGGCCGACCCCCAACCCUCAUUACCACCCGCAUUCCGCACCUCGCAUACUCACAUACUUACUGUCCGCUAUUAGUGUACUGAAUGAAGACGACGACGAACUACCGAGACAAU